AUGGGUUCGGUCUGUUGCGGCGGCUUGAAGGGGCUGUACGAACCGUCCCCGGACAGGACUACCUCUCAGGGCCUUUGUGUCAUUGCUCUGUGUGGUUUCAAAGCACUGUAUACUUUGAAGUGUCCGGAAGAGGUUAAACAAGCCGUCCGGAAUGCCUUGGGAAAGGAGCAUUUGAGGGGAGAUGGGCCUUCCACCAAGGCUAAGGGCUUGUAUAAGUUCAAGCUCGACAGUUGGUUGUGGAUGUCCAAUGGCCAGAAGACGGUAGAAGUCCGCCGGAUGGUAUUAAGAUUGAUAGAGGAGCUAGAUGCAGUGCGCUGGGAGAUCCUUGAAGACGUGGACAUGUCUAGGUCGGGGUAUCUUCGAAUGUUAGUUUUGAGGCGUAGUGACUCUGAUAUUGAGAGGCCUCGUCAUAAAGAUUUCCUGGUGGGUCUGCAUGGCGGUGAUAGCAUUCGUAUCACAUGUGAUGAUGAGCCUGGUCGUGUACAUGCGAUUACUGAAGCUGUUCGACUCGGUAUUGAAUCUUCCUGGGAAAUCGUCAAGGAAGGAAAGUAUGGCGGUGCUCAUGAGUUUGUAUUGGAUGGAUGGCCAUUUGGCUGCAUGGGGACUAAAGUCGAGGAUUCUGUGAAAGUUAGGAGGAUGCUGGUAGCGAUGUGCGCCCAGAUAGAGAAGGCUACGGGUUAUCGCAUGGCGAAGUCGUUGAACUUGUCGGCGGCUACGUCGGGUAAAUCCAGUAUCAUCUUCCGAUAUCAUGACGACGCUAGCAAGCAUGGCGAGGUGACCUACGUUGGUGUCAGUCUGAAUGAUAAAAAUGUCGUACGUUUGAUAAGCCCCCCAUGGGACUCUCUGGAUGAGACUGUGGAGGAUACUCUCCGCAGUGCGAUAGUGGAAGCCUGGCCUAAGGGCAUUCAGCAGGAGAGGGUGUACGACGGGGCUUAUGAAUGGGAGCUAGCCGGGUUGCCCUGGGACGCUCAUGGUACUGAUUUGGUCGAUUCGAGGAUCUUGGUGGGGAGGAUGUUGAAGGGGAUGUGGUCGCUGGGAUUCGAACUUUCGCCUAAGAUUGACUGCAAUGGCAAGCUGGCCGAUAUGUCCUUAAUGGUAUUCAGAAGGCCUCGACAAGGCAAUGUUCCUCUGCCCCCUAACGAGCCCGUGCUGGGGGUCUCUCUACAUGAUACUGACGAUAUCAGAAUAACGUGCACGGACGAGACGGUGGUAGAUAACCUCGAGGGGUUUGUGCGGAAUGCUAUGACGAGACCGGCUCUAUCUGCUGACCCUGUCAAGCGUUUCGGUCGCUACGGCCGAUCCUUGCAGAUGAAGCUGGAUGGUCGUCCCUUCUGUACACAUACUAAUGCCCAUAACACUUUGUAUUGCGGUACUGUGCUUUUGGCCUUAUUGGAUGUCCUGUAUCGACAGGGAUGGAUUCUGAGGACUUCGCUCGACGUGUCAAGGAAGCAGGUCGGCACCGAUAAUAGCCAGUCCAAGCUGGAUGCUGCUGCUAUGUAUUUUACGCACACACGUAUCUGA